UUGGAUGCGUUACAGAUCAACUUUGAGGACUACGAAGGGAUCGUGUCUUUUGUGAAUGUACACAACACUCACUGGAAGUUUCUGUACAUCAGUGCUGCCCAAGGCAGCAUUUAUUUGGUGGACCCAUUCCACACAUCCACAGAGCUGGCAGACUCCAACAAUACUGCCAAAAGAUUCCGUGAGUACUUCAAAAUGCGAAGGAUCUGCCACAGCAAGUCUGACUGGGUGGAUAUCAAAUGGAAGGGAGCGGUUCUGCAACACCCAGUGCAGCAAGAUGGCAACAGUUGUGGGUUGGUGGUAAUCAUGAUGGCAAACGAAGUCAUGGAGGCCUUCCCAAUCAUGCCAAACAUGGUAUUUGGCACGACAAUAAAAGAAAUGGAAGAUCAGCGGAAACAGUUCGCUCUGAAAAUAUUGAAAGCAUCAGUGUUUGAAUCGGAGGACAAAUGUUCGAUGUGCUCGGCCAAAAAACCACCCGGUCCAGGGCCUGCUUUCACUGACUGGAUUCAGUGUGACAGCUGUUCCCGCUGGUUCCACAGCCAGUGCCUUGGAAUGGACACACAAACCGUUCAGGAAGCAGCAAAUUCCAACUGGAACUGCUGUCUGUGUCCCGAAUUAUUGUAUGAUUAGUCGAAUAAAAAACGACGUCCUGAACACA